GGUAGGGCUGUCCCCUCGGCCGCACCCGCCAGGCGGUGGGAGCCCGAGUUCUUUGUGGAGGAUCUGGGGGGCGCGCCCCUCCCGGCAGCCUGGGCUGCCCAGUGGCCCUGCUCGCAGCCUCGCCCUGCGUCUCCGGCGCCGCCUAAGCCGCUGCCAGGACCCCGGAGAGGGAGGACGGCGGUGCGUGCCCGGGACCGGCUCAUUGGGGUCGUGCGCCCCCAGGCCGAGGGGCUCAGGCCCCGCUCGGGGACAGGCGUGGGGGCAGAGCGGCCUCGCCCUGCGCGGGAGCCGCGAGGACCAGUCAUCCAGCAUGCUGCGCCCACCCCACGCCCAGGCGCACUGACCAUGAGCCUCAACUCCUCUCUGGGCCACUGGAAGGAGCUGAGCAACCGCACGGGGGCGGCGGCUGGUGAAGGGGGCGCCAUCGUCACCGAGUUCAUCGCCAUCGUGGUCAUCACCAUUUUCGUCUGCCUGGGCAACCUGGUCAUCGUGGUCACCUUGUACAAGAAGUCCUACCUCCUCACCCUCAGCAACAAGUUCGUCUUCAGCCUGACGCUGUCCAACUUCCUGCUGUCCGUGCUGGUGCUGCCCUUCGUGGUGACCAGCUCCAUUCGGCGGGAAUGGAUCUUCGGGGUGGUCUGGUGCAACUUCUCCGCCCUCCUGUACCUGCUCAUCAGCUCGGCCAGCAUGCUCACCCUCGGGGUCAUUGCCAUCGACCGCUACUACGCUGUCCUGUACCCCAUGGUGUACCCCAUGAAGAUUACGGGGAACCGAGCCGUGAUGGCUCUUGUCUACAUCUGGCUCCACUCGCUCAUCGGCUGCCUGCCGCCUCUCUUUGGUUGGUCUUCCGUGGAGUUUGACGAGUUCAAGUGGAUGUGCGUGGCGGCGUGGCACCGGGAGCCCGGCUACACGGCCUUCUGGCAGAUCUGGUGCGCCCUGUUCCCCUUCCUGGUCAUGCUCGUGUGCUACGGCUUCAUCUUCCGCGUGGCCAGGGUCAAGGCCCGCAAGGUGCACUGUGGCACGGUGGUCCUGGGGCAGGAGGACGCCCAGGGGACCGGGCGCAAGAACUCCAGCACCUCCACCUCCUCCUCGGGCAGUCGGAGGAACGCCUUCCAGGGCGUCGUCUACUCCGCCAACCAGUGCAAAGCCCUCAUCACCAUCCUGGUGGUGCUGGGCGCCUUCAUGGUCACCUGGGGCCCCUACAUGGUGGUCAUCACCUGCGAGGCCCUCUGGGGCAAGAACUGCGUCUCCCCGAGCCUGGAGACCUGGGCCACGUGGCUGAGCUUCUCCAGCGCCGUCUGCCACCCCCUCAUUUACGGACUCUGGAACAAGACGGUUCGCAGGGAGCUGCUGGGCAUGUGCUUCGGGGACCGGUAUUACCGGGAGCCCUUCGUCCAGCGGCAGAGGACGUCCAGGCUCUUCAGCAUUUCCAACAGGAUCACAGACCUGGGCCUGUCCCCACACCUCACGGCGCUCAUGGCAGGCGGACAGCCCCUGGGGCACAGCAGCAGCACGGGGGACACGGGCUUCAGCUGCUCCCAGGACUCAGGGACCGACGUGAUGCUGCUUGAAGACUACACGUCCGAUGACCAGCCUCCCCUCCACUCCACUUGCCCACCCAAGAGGAGGAGCUCGGUGACGUUCGAGGAUGAAGUAGAAAAGAUCAAAGCUGCCAAGAACCCCAUCCUCCACGUGAAGGCCGACGUGCACACCUCUUUGGACAGUUACGCAGACAGCCUGGCCAAAGCCAUCGAGGCGGAAGCCAAAAUCAACCUAUUUGGGGAGGAGGCCUUGCCUGGGGUCUUGAUGGUGGCGCGGACCAUCCCAGGGGCCGGCUUUGGGGGCAGCGGAGGCACCCGAGCCCCCGGGAGCCAGAGGCUCCCACUGCAGAGCAUCGAGGAGGGGAACGUUCCAGCUGCGGAACAGAAAUGAGGGCCUCGGGCUGGCCUGGGCCCCAGAUGGAGGCCCCCAGCCCACCCAGCCGGGGCCCUGGGAACUCGGGUAGGAACGGCACCUGGGGUGCAGCCACCAGAAAAAACACCGAGAACUGCGUCCAGGCCAGGAACUCCGUGUCUGCGAGCCCACCCGUGGGCUCCUCCUAGAUCCCAGUGAUGGGACCAGACGCAUCAAAAGCACAAAGCAGAGAAAAUGGAGGUGUGGCUUGGCUUUCUGUCUGGGUGGUGGGGCACCGGUGGGGCCUACAGACCAGCUGGGGGAACCCCAGGGCAGGUCAUGUUCUUUUGUUCACAUCUGCUACUCGCUGUCCCCGCAGAGAGGCUCAGGAGGGGGGCUCUUCCAGUGCACUGGGACGGAGGACACCCCAGGUUUCUGCAGGGUUGAAGCAGGCCAUGUGGGGUCCCUAGAGAAGCCAGGAGCAGGGCCCCCACGCAGUUCCAGGCCUCGGUGCUGGUUAUGACCUGGCAUCGGUGGAGCCACCUGCUGGUGCUCACGGGGGCAGCCCAGGCCACCUCCCUCUUCACUGAUUCUUUGCUGUUUCGAAAGAAGGGAGAGAGAAGCCCCUAUAACGACAGGAGGAAGGAGCGGGAGGCUUCAUUUCCAAGAAU